AUGCCUCUAAUCAUACCAGGUGGAAGCCAUAUUGCUUCAUUGUUAAUAACACACUUUCAUGAGUCAGUGCACCAUCAGGGACGCCAUUACACAGAAGGUGCUGUACGCUCAAAUGGUUUCUGGAUAACUGGAGGAAAACGCCUUAUUAAUUCUAUUUUGCACAAGUGCGUACAAUGUAGGAAACUAAGAGGAAAAGUAGAACACCAGAAAAUGGCAGAUCUGCCAUCAGAUCGUCUUACACCGAGUCCUCCGUUUUCAUACGUGGGUGUUGAUACAUUUGGACCAUGGUCUGUAGCCACAAGGCGAACACGUGGAGGUGCCGCUAAUUCUAAACGAUGGGCAAUAAUGUUUUCAUGCCUUGUUACUCGUGCCAUCCACAUUGAGGUCAUAGAGGAAAUGACUUCAUCCUCAUUCAUUAAUGCUUUGCGUCGAUUUACAGCAAUAAGAGGACCCGUAAGAGAAUUUAGAUCUGAUCAAGGUACCAACUUUGUAGGAGCAGUAAAUGAAUUGUCACUACUAUAUAAUGAUGAAAAUAUUCAGGGAUAUCUGUCUAAAAAACAAAUUGUAUGGACAUUCAAUCCACCCCAUGCCUCACACAUGAACGGUGCAUGGGAACGCAUGAUUGGACUAGCAAGAAGAAUUCUCGAUUCAAUGCUAACAGAUAUUCAAGGAAAGCAACUCACUCAUGAAGUUUUAUGCACAUUAAUGACAGAAGUUUGUUGUAUCGUCAAUAGUAGACCAAUAAUUGCUGUGUCAAAUGAUCCAGAAUCACCUUCUAUUUUGUCACCAAACACUCUAUUAACACAAAAAAUUAAUAGUGACAUAGAACCGUACCAUUUCAAUUUUUCUGUGAAAGAUAUGUACAAAUCACAGUGGAAGCAUGUGCAAAUUUUAGCAAAUCAAUUUUGGAAGCAAUGGAACAUACAAUACUUACAAAACCUUCAAACUAGAUCAAAAUGGCCAAGUGAAAAUCGAAACUUACAAAUUGGUGAUUUUGUGCUCAUGAUUGACGUUAGUUUACCACGCAAUCAAUGGCCAACCGGAAUCAUUGAUGAAGUAUUUCCUAGUAAAGAUGGAUUAGUUCGAAAAGUAUCAGUGCGUGUGAUAAAGAACGGGGAACCAGUAACUUAUAGCCGUCCAGUAACACAGCUGGUACAUUUGAUGUCGGAUUAA